UUGCACUCUUGAUUAAUUCGUUUUUUUUGUUUUUUUUUUUUGUUCCAACCCACCUUCAGUGUGACACCUCCCGCAAUCGUGAAAUGGAUUUGGUGUGAUAGAAAAUGGAACAAUUGAGAGCGUCCAUCCAUUUCAGAAAGUUCAUGUCCUCAUUAGAGUCGCAUGAGCUGGGAUCCGUCCCAGUGGACUUUGGGUGAGAGAGAGAGAGGACAGCCUAUCGCAGGCAAACUCUCUUCUGAUGGAAUGCCGUCAGCGCCUUCUGAAGCCCCCGCGCGCGCUGGCCUGGUUGGCGCUCUUGACGGCCGCCGUGACCUUGGCGCUCCGUUCCGCCUUCUCGCCAGCGCCUCUUCCGCUGGCCACCUGCCACCUUGUGUCCCCGCUUCUGGUUGGGCCCAGCCCCGUCAAUCUCUCCUCGUCACCUCCGUCUUUGAAGGAGAUCAGAAAGAGGAGCGCGGCGGUGUCGCCGGGCGGACUCUACCGUCCGCCGGACUGCAACGCUCGGCACCACGCCGCCAUCGUGGUGCCGUACCGGAAGCGGCCGACGCACCUCCGCGCUCUCCUCGACCACCUCCAUCCUUUGCUGCAGAGGCAACAAAUCCACUACAGGAUCUACGUCGUGGAGCAGUCGGGGAGCGGCACCUUCAACAAAGGCAAACUGCUGAACGCCGGCGUACGGGAAGUCGUCCGAGACGAAGACUGGAGCUGCCUCAUCAUCCACGAUGUGGACCUGCUGGCCGAGAACGACCUCAAUACUUACGCCUGCGACGCGUGCAACCCCAGGCACCUGGCCGUGGCCAUCGACAAGUUUGAGUACAGGCUGCCCUACCCGCAAUAUUUUGGCGGUGUUGUCGCAGUGACUCCGGACCAGUACAGGAAGAUGAACGGCUUCUCCAACCAGUACUGGGGCUGGGGCCGAGAGGAUGAUGAUUUGUGGAAAAGCAGAGUGGCUCUGUCUGGCAUGAAGGUCGUGCGCCCCCCAGUGGCCAUUGGUCGUUACAAAAUGAUCAAGCAUCAACGAGACCGCGGCAAUGAGGAAAAUCCAUACAACUUUGAGGUCCUGAACAGAACCGAACUGACCUGGCACUCGGACGGCCUCAACUCUGUGACUUACGAACUCCUCUCCAAAGAGCGGGCGGCUUUCUACACACACCUCAUCAUCAGUGUGGGAGAAAACCCCCGGCCGCGGCUUCAGGAGGAAACCGCAACCGUGAGGGCGGCGGUUGCCUUAAAAAAAAGGCACUUGAAGAACUGAUCACUUGAUUUGAAAAGGACUCCUAAGUUCUCGAGG